CUCGCAUACCCUCACCCCCUCACUCAACAUGGAUGAACACUACGAUGUCAUCAUUCUCGGCACCGGCGUCACAGAGUGCGUCCUGUCCGCACUUCUCUCCGUAGACGGCAAGAAGGUCCUACACAUGGACAGGAACCAGUACUACGGAGGUGAAGGCGCAUCUCUCAAUCUCACACAGCUCUGGGAGAAGUUCCGCCCUGGACAGCCCAUCCCCACAGACAUCGGCCGCGACAGGGACUACGCAGUGGAUCUCAUCCCAAAGUUCCUCAUGGCCAAUGGUGAACUCACAAAGAUGCUCGUACACACAGACGUGACCCGUUACCUCGAGUUCAAGCAGAUUGCCGCAUCCUAUGUAUACCGUGAUGGAAGGAUCGCAAAGGUACCCGCUACUGAGAUGGAGGCAGUACGAAGUCAGCUUAUGGGACUCUUUGAGAAGAGGAGGGCAAAGAAGUUCUUUGAGUUCAUUCAGAAUUGGAGGGAUGACAACCCAACCACUCAUUUUGGCCUCGACCUAGACGCAAUGCCAAUGACCAAGAUCUUUGAGUACUUUGGCCUCGAGCCAGGUACCCGAGACUUCGUCGGCCACGCAAUGGCCCUCCACCUAGACGACUCGUACAUGACUCGUCCAGCACGGGAGACCUACGAGCGCAUCCUCCUCUACACCUCUUCCGUGGCACGAUACGGAAAGUCGCCAUACAUUUACCCUCUGUACGGUCUGGGAGAACUGCCUCAGGGAUUCGCUCGUCUGUCUGCCAUCUACGGAGGUACCUACAUGCUUGAUAAGACCAUCGACGAGAUUGUCACCGACGACGAUGGCAAAUUCGUCGGUGUCCGCUCCGGCGACGAGACUGUCAAGGCAGAUGCCCUCAUUGGUGACCCGACCUACUUCCAGCAGAGUGUCAAGGGCAAGGAGCUCACUAGGGAGACGGCCAAGCUGGUUCGCGCCAUUUGCCUCCUCAAGCACCCCAUUCCCAACACGGACAAUGCAGACAGUGUGCAGCUGAUCAUCCCCCAGAACCAGGUGGGAAGGAGACACGACAUCUACGUUGCUGCCCUCUCGCACAACCACAAUGUCCUCCCCAAGGACAUGUACCUCGCCACCGUCUCCACCAUCGUCGAAUCAGACAAGCCCGAGCUGGAGCUCCGUCCCGGCUUGGACCUCCUCGGGCCCAUCCACGAAAAGUUCAUCUCCAUCUCCUCGCUGUAUGAGCCCGUGGGCCAGGGGAAAGAGGAGAAGAUUUUCAUCACCAGGAGUGGAGAUGCGACGAGUCAUGUGGAGACGAUUGUGGAGGAUGUGCACGAUGUUUGGAGGAGGGUGACGGAUGGGAAAAAGUUGGAAUUGAAGAAGAGGGAGGAGGGAGAGGGUGCACAGGUGCAGGGAUGAAGAGGGGGAGGGGCGGAGGUGAUUUUGUCCCUCUGGCUUUGCAGGGGUGAGAGCGUGUGAGUGGAUGAAUGAGAGGAAGCAAUGUUCGAGACUCGCUCUGGGUCUAGCUCUGGAUCGUGAUCGUGAUUGUGAUCGGAUACUUUAACUGCCACGAAAUACGAGAGAGAAUCAUAGAAUUGAAAGAAGAGAAGAAAAGAAAAGAGGAAGAGGAAAAGAGUCGUGGUGACGUCUUGCACUUUGAAGUUUGCGUAUUGUUGUUGUCGUUGUGAUUGGGGUUAUUGCGCUUUCCUUCUUACUUCGUUUUGCUUUUUUGGUUUGGUCCUUCGAAGACGAGAGGACGAGAGGACUAGGACGAGAGGGCGAGGGCGAGAGCUCGGCGCACAAUCGUCCUGUCUUGUCCUAUCCUCGCUCCGCCUCGCUUCGGUUCGUUUCCACCUUUUGCUCAUUGACUGAUUCAUUGACUGAUUCAUUGCCUUGUCCCUUUCAGGCUUU